AUGGCUAUAGACGAAGCAAGAGCAGAGGAGCUGAAAGCUAAGCUGAAGGAGCGCGAAGAGCUCAUCCGGGAAUCAUGGGUUCGCGCUAUGGAGGCUAAAAUCGUGCAGGAAAACAUCACCAAGUGCUACCGGAUAGAGGGCGUAAAUCACCACGAGAAGUGCAAAGACUUGGUAGAACGCUAUGCAGCAAUGUUACAGGAUAACAAGGUCAAGGGCUACAAGCACAUUGAUGUUUAA